UCUUAGUUCUGAGGUGGCCACAGGACGAGGCGGACAGAUCUUUCAGUCGGUGGUUGCGUACUGAAUCACUUAAGAAGAAGAAGAAGAAGAAGACGAUAGCGAUACCACUUCAGCGCACCACUCGUUUCUCAUGUUCACAAAAGCACGGGGAGCCCUCCCUCUCUAAUUGAGGAGCUACGUCUAUCGCCAUGCGUCGCAUUACGGCGUUGAUGACGUUGCUUGUGGCGGCAGCGUCGUCGGCCACCCGCACAGAGGACACAGAACAUCCCUGCAAAGUCAUGCGCGUCGACGCGGACGUCGAGAAUUCGACGCUGUCGGUGACGUACAACACUACGGUGGUCGACAGAAAGGCCUGUGGCGACGCUGAUCCCAUUUGCAACAUUUCCCGGGACUCAGCAGGUCGAUCUUACGCUAUACUAAAGGAUGCAGUGAACGGCCGAGAUCUCAAAGACAUCGACCAUAUCGAGCACCGGGGCAAAGUGACCUACUGCCACAACGAGAAAGUUCAAAUCAAGUGUGGAAGUGUUUUAUCCAAAGUCGUUCAGAUUCCUAAGGUCUCGAUGAUCGAAGCAGUCGUAAUGCAUCUGUUCAAUGAUACUCAUCUGGUCCUGAGGUUGAAACCUCUAGAGCAAGUGAGAGACUACCGUGUGGAGAUUUACCAACGGUAUCCAAGGCGGCUGCUGGCUAAAGCGGACCGUGUGCCACCUGCUACUGACGUUACCCUUUUGGGAAAUUACACUAAUCAGGAGAUAGUGUACGUCAAGUUUUACGCUGACCUGUUCGCCGAGGACGAAAUAUGUCCAGCUGCAUUUACCAUGGAACUCGACAAAGGCUCGGCGCCCGAACAGGUUCCGGUACAACCAACGACGCCGGUACAUCUGUAUGCAAUUGCUGCAUCUGUAGUGGCUGUUGGUAUUGUGGCUGUUGCCAUCUUGUGGGCCCGGAAGAAGAAGCACUACUCUGUCAACAAAACACAGGCAUCCACCCCUGUCAAUUUAAACAUCAAGUCUGUUCUGGUCGUCCACACGAAGGAGUCUCCAGGGAUCAGUCUAGAGGUGGAUAAGUUGAUUGGUGAAUUCAAGGACACAGGAAUCAAGAAGGUCUACGACAUCUGCAACAUCAGUGACCAGAGUAUCCUGCCCAAUGCCGAGCCAUGGCUCCUGGGGCACUUCAGCGGCCCCCAUGCUUCUUCUUCUGCUGUGAUUUUGGUCUGUUCGCCUGGUCUCCCAAAACUGGCGCAAUCCCUGAAGGAGGGGAAGAGUGAUGCAGAGGCAAUAUGUGUCCUGGGUCGCAGAUAUAUGCCGAGUGACUCCUUGCUACUGUCCUUCAUAAGGAACCUGUUCGAUUCCCGUAUUGUGUGGGAGUACGGCCGUUUCUUCCCUGUAUGGUUCGAAAACAUCGGAGACACCACUGGAAUCAGGGAGUGGCAGAAACAGAUGGCUCGGGCUACCCUGCCCAAUAUCGGCAGGUCGGUUCUCUUCUGUCUGCCCUCCCACAUCGGGUUUCUGAAGGGUACCUUGGAAGGCGGAAGGCCGGGGGCGCCCCCAAAGCACCUGCGAAAGUCAGGAGGUUCUCUACUUGGUGCCCAGGUAUGGAGGCAGAAAGAAUGAGGAGGAGGGUUUCCAAGCGGACGGGCCACAGGAUAUAGAACUCUACGUGGAUGUUUUAGGUGGAGGUUUUUAGCAAGAGCCCGUGCUACCUUGUUUUUAGCAAGAGCCCGUGCUACCACAAGGCUUUCUUAACCUAGAUAGAUAGAUAGAUGGGUGUCAGCUCAGAGCUUUGGUUGUGAUCAACACCUCUAUAACUGGAGUAGUUGAGUGAGAAGAAGAAGAAGAAGAAGAAAAGAAAGAACUGUAGUGACAUCAAGUGACCUCUGAGUUAGCUGAGGUCAGAGUGAAAGAGAUGCACUUGAGGUAAAAUUGCUUACUGAUACACAAAACUUAUUUGUCACUUAGGUGAAGUGUUUACAAGUAAGUUCUGGGGUGUACAGUGAAGUGGAAACUGACCCACAACCUCACGCAGUGCGCUGUAUAGGCAUUACUUAAGGUUGUAGCAUCCCUAGGGCCACUAAAUGCAGCCCCUUUUCAUUCCAUUUGCUGUACCUCCGAUCAUGUUCUCUUUCUUCCAUCUGGCUAGCCAUCCUCUCCUGACAAUCAUAUCAUAGUACAAUUGCUUCGAGGUUUUCCUCCUGUUACACAUUUCAAGCGUUCCAACUCGAUUUCCCUGUCAGCGCUAAAUGACCUCACAGGUGCCAGCGCUCGGCCUUUAGCCUAAAUCCUAUAUUCCAUUCCAAGGGGCUGUUUUAUCUGCAACCAUAAAAUCAAAUCUGCUUGAAUGCUUUUGUCCUAAGUAUAGUUUGUAAGGCUUUGUACCGAUGCUCAAUCUUACCUCUGCUUUAACCACUGACCUCAACUUAUAAAGUUAAUGAACAUAUCUAUAGAAUAAG